UUCUCUUGAGACCACGGAUUUUUGCGAUCGUGCUUGACGUGGCUUUACUGGGUGCAUUGACGUUAGUUCCAGGGGUUAACUGGCCUUAUAGAUAAUUCGCGUAAAGAAUUCUGCUUUCUGACAAAGUUAAAAGAUUAUCUCCAUAAUGGUGCUGUAGCACACUUGAAAUUUCACUUUUACAAGGAAAGUUCUGUUUUGUUUGAACCCUAGAUAUUUAGCUUGUUAUGGUCAUCCUGUGGCAUAUAAUUGAGUAAUUAGUAUACAGUGUAUAUGCAGAUUUGGGUUGCGUGCUGUAAAAUUUGGAAAUAAUUUUGGAGGACUUUCAAAAUUUGAUGGGGCUAUAUAAGGCUUGGACUUGGUCCAAUUUGGCAGUCAGAGGAAUUCUCUGAUCAGUUCAGUUAUUAUCAAAUUGGACCAGCAUGUAGUCAUAUUGCCUGUUAAUUAUGUUGUGCAUGGAAUAGCUUGUGUUACAGUCGCCCUCCCUGAAAGAAGAAAAAUUUGGAGAGAGCAUCUGUGUGUUGCUGUUGGUAAUUGCGUUUAAGGCCAAGUGAUUUUUCCUGGAGUGGAAAAUGAUCUGCUUAGUUGAUCGGUGAUGUUUGUAGCUUGUUGAACUUAGCGCUUUACAUUUUAUCGGCUACACUGACGAAUAUCUUGAGGGCUGGCCAUGGACACCAAAAUGGAAAUUUGUUACACUUUGUGGGUAAGAUCAAGGUUUAGAAUUUUUAAGGUUGAAAAAGGCAGAUUAAUGGACGUAAUCAGUAUUUUAUGGCAACAAAAUUAUUCCACAAGGUGUCUGUUUUUUUUUUUAUCUGUGAACUCUCAAAGGUCAUUAACUGUUUCAUCUAGAGAGCAAGUUCCUUUGUUGUCUCUGUGUGUCACAUCAGCUGUUGUGACACUGAAAUGGUUUCAGUGCAUGGAUUAAAUAUUUAAACAUGGGACACGAUUAUUAAUGGCAACACACGGACGCUCGCUGAUUUUCUCUUUCAGCGAGGGUGUCUGUAGCACAGGCUGUUUGCAUGAAACUGUCUAAAUUACUUAUCAAAUGAUCAUGUUUACUUUGGGAUUUGAGCUGACAAUUUCAUUAUUAACUACUUUAAGGUCUUUAAGGGAAAACUUCAGACCGAGACCUUGCCAUAUUGGACGAAUGACAGCAAGGCUGAGGUUUGAGAUUUUUGCUGUAAAGACCGAACAUUUGAGCUAACUGAUUGCUUGUUAUGGAGAGCUUUGUAUUAGAGAUAUCAUAUUUACUACAAAACUGUACUGUGAAAACCUUGCGAUGCUAACGGCUACUGGAGAGAUACCCAAUCUUUUGCCAGAGAUUGUUAAAAGGAUAGCUCUGUUUCUACCAGUCCCAGAAGUCUGCAAAUGUAUGCAGGUUUGCAAACUAUGGAAGGAACUUCUAUCUUCAGAACAAUUUUCUAAAAUGUAUGUGUUUAACUAUUUUAACCUGGAUGUGGAAGAUGAACCCACUGGUUUUUUAAAAACAUGGAGCAAUCCAGACUAUUGGUUCUGUUACUGGGCCCGAAGAGAAAAUGUUAAUCAGGCUUGGGUAUUUUCUGAUCUUCCAAAGCGCUGGAAAUGUGGAAUAGUUCAUUUGGCUGAUUAUUCACUUCAGACGCAUCAUGACUUGAAGUAUAAAGAUUUCUGCCGUGCUGUGUACAUAUUGACCAGGAUACAAAGGAUGGCAAAAGAAUUGCGUUUGGACUGUGGAGCUUGGGGUAAUGAAGGAGCUGGUCUUAUAGAGGUUUGCAUGUUUCCCUGGAGCAAACAGACUCUGCCCACUUCGGACGACAUUUUAUCAAGUUUCAACUUUCAUCCUGAGAUGCACAAUGGCCCAAUGGUGAAAAAUGAAAUAACAGCAUUGAAGAUUGAUUCAGAGAAAGAAUCAGAGGACGGAAUCCAAAGAGGGCAUGUAAGAUGGAAUACACUACAGACGGCAUAUGAUGCAGAUGUCAAAAAAGCAUGUGAUUUCUUUGGCUGGCUUGAGAACAUUUUCACUCCAAUGACUCGUAUUUGUAUUGGGUGUGAGAGAAUGAAUCCAACACCAUGUUUUAUUUUGGCGCAUCUUGCACCUGGGUGGGUGGGGGGCAUUUUGUCAUCUUUGGUUCUUACAUGAUAGACAUUAGUCCUUCUUUUCUCAUAGUUCAUCGAGUGAGAAUUGGAACCUUGUAUAUGGCUGGUGCUCCUGAAAAUUAAAUUAACCAAUCACCAUUCAAAAGGGAGGAGAAAUAAUUAUUAUUGUACCAUCGUGAUUCCAUGUGUUUGUUAACAGGAAAGGCUUCUAAGUUCAGUCACAUUCUCAGUGGUCUGAGUAUAAAUGAAUUUUUGUGAGAAGAGAUUUAAAAUGCAAAAAGGCCAUAACAAAUUGUACAGAUGAAAGAUAUGAAACAUUUUGUUUCUCUAAGCUUUAAAAUUGGUGUCAAAACUUGUUCGCAGUGAAAUUAGCGGUAUUAAUUAAAAGGUAAAAUUCCAAAGUUAAGAGGCCAUAUUAGGCAUGAAGAAAUUUAAUAAUAAUAGUAAAUCUUUACAGUGCCUUUUCUCAACAAUUCAAAGGUGCUAAAAUAGACAUACUGAAUAUCGUUAAAAGUAGACAGCAUGGCUUUGACUAGUGCUUGUUAAGUGUUUUUCCCAGCACUUUAUGCAAGGGAAAAGUGCUCAAGAAUCUGGUAUGCGUGUGUGGGGAGAGAGAUUUAUGUCUCCCCCUCGGUGGCUUUUUUUUUUUUUU